AUGUCUGACACCACGCUGAGACUGCGUCGAGCUUUCAAUGCGCCAGGAGACGACGACUCAGCCGACUCGAGCCGUCCUCUCGAGAUCCUCGACCACUCUGAACAGACGCAGGCGGUUGACGAGUUGGUGGAGCAGGCUAGGCGGUCAGCGAGGCGAUUUAGGACUGCUGCAGCUGGGCUGACCGCCAUCGUCCUGUCAUUGCUCGCGGUUGUUCGACUACCAGCCGAAGCUGUCCCCGCCUUCCUCUCCCGCCUCGCCUUCCUCAGCCUCCUCAUCUCCCUCUUCCGCCAAAUUUACGUGCUCCGCUCGUCCGCCUCCCUCUCCUUGCCUCCCGACGCACUGCCCGUACUUCCAACAGUCCUCGUCGCCCUCCUCGCAUACCGCGCAGACUCUCUUGCAGACGAGAAGCGUCUACUCUGGACACUUGCGCCUGUUGGAGCACAAAUUAUUGCGCUGCUGCUCGAUUGGGAGGCGCGGCGGGUCGUGGUGGGUGCUGAGGGGCUUAGAGGGUUGAUGUACGAUGCGCCGGAAGCGUAG